AUGGCGCCCCAAUUGAAGGUCGUGGUCAACGGCACUGGCUCAGAAUCUCGGACUGCUGAGAGAGGCGUCCUGCACAUAAACGUUUCCUCCACCACGACAUCACAGGAACAGACUUCCAAGAAUGUGUCGGAGCAAACAGAAACCCUGGCCCGGACGUUUCGCGUCCAUGCGACCAAGACGGAAGACGGGCGGCCCCACCCGUCCGCUGGCAUCACGACCUUCUCAGCCUCUGCCAUGACAUCAAGCUCGCAUAUCCCCAGGGAUGAGAAUGGUAGAACCAAGUCAGAAAAUGACCGUCAGUACACAGCUUUGGCGACAUUUGAGGUCGUUUUCAGGGACCUCCGCCUGCUGGCAGAGACCGCCAGGGAGCUAGCCGGGAUGCCGCACGUAUCAAUCAGCAGCACCGAAUGGCGUCUGACGGACCCGACCCGUGCUGAACUAGAGCGGGCCGCGCGGAAAAAGGCCAUGGCGAAUGCGGUGCAGAAAGCCGAAGACUACGCGGAGAUCAUUGGCCGCACCGUCGUGGCAGUUGAGAUCCAGGAUGCACCGGUUUCCUUUGGCGCGAACCAGCUAGCCCGAUCGACAAUGGCGCAACAGAUGCAAGCACAAAUGCAGAUGCAGCAGGCGCCCCAGCGCCAAUCUCAAUCAAUCAAUGCGGCUGCUGUGAUUUUGGAUGGACCGUCUGUUGAAGCGAGGAGCAUCACGGCCACCGCGUUGAUAAAUGUCAAGUUUGUCUCCCCAGAUGGGGAUCCAGUAACCAAGUACUGGUAG